CCUGCCAUGCAGCAGGUGAUGGAGAGCCUCAAAGGGCUGCCCUCGGGCACUGCAGCGCAGGAUAUGGACCUCAUCUUCCUCACGGGGAUCAUGGAGAGCCCCAUCGUCCGCUCUCUGGCCAAGGCCCAUGACCGUCUUGAGGUAAUGCAGCUGACUGCGGUGGGGGAGAACAACAUGGAGUUGGUGACGGACAUCCUGGAGUCCCUCCACAGCGCAGAGGGGGACGACGUGGCAGCUGCUGAGCUCACCAGAAUCCUGGAGGAGCCCCACUUCCAGUGUUUAAUCGAGACUCAUGACAACGUGGCUGCUAAGUCCUACGAGAUGUCUCCAACCCCGGGCAGCAGCAGAGUCUCCCUGAGCAGCUCGCUGGUGCCCCCCGACGCCGUCAGGAUGAUCGGUAUCCAGAAGAGGGCUGGGGAACCACUGGGUGUGACGUUCCGCGUGGAGGGGGGCGCGCCGGUGAUCAGGCGGAUCCUGCACGGCAGUGCCAUCGCCAGGCAGGGCCUGCUGCAUGUGGGCGACGUCAUCCUGGAGGUUGAUGGCCACGCGAUGGGCGGAGACCCCAAGGAGCUGCAGGAGCUGCUGAAGGACUGCAGCGGCACCGUGACCCUCAAAGUGCUGCCCAGCUACCGGGAGCCCCCUGCCCCCCCACAGGUGUUUCUGAAGCCACACUUCAAAUAUAACCCGGCCACGGACAACCUCAUCCCCUGCAGGGAAGUGGGGCUGGCAUUCUCCAGGGGGGACGUUCUUCACGUGGUCAACAAGGAAGACCCCAACUGGUGGCAGGCAACCAACCUGGUGGUUGGAGAUACUGGUCUGAUCCCCAGUCAGUUCCUGGAGGAGAAGAGGAAGGCGUUUGUGAGGAGAGACUGGGACAGCUCCGGCAUGCUCUGUGGAACAAUGACGGGAAAGAAAAAGAAGAAAAAAAUGAUGUAUCUUACCUCAAAGAAUGCAGAGUUUGACCGGUAUGAGCUGCAGACCUAUGAGGAGGUGGCCCGCAUGCCCCCGUUCCAGAGGAAGACCCUGGUGCUGAUCGGGGCCCAGGGGGUGGGCCGACGCAGCCUCAAGAACCGGCUCAUCGUCAUCAACCCGCUGAAGUACGGGACCACCGUCCCCUUCACCUCCAGGCGCCCCCGGGAGGAGGAGCUGGACGGCCAGGCGUACCGCUUCGUGACGCGGGCGGACAUGGAACGGGACAUCAAGGACAGCCGCUACCUUGAGCACGGCGAGUACGACGGCAACCUCUACGGCACCAAGAUGGACUCCAUCCACGAGGUGGUGGACACAAGACGCACCUGCAUCCUGGACGUUAACCCCCAGGCCCUGAAGGUGUUGAAGACUGCAGAGUUCAUGCCCUUUGUGGUGUUCAUCGCUGCCCCAGAGCUUGAUACGUUACGAGCUAUGCACAAAGCAGUGGUGGAUGCUGGACUCACCACCAAACUGCUCACGGAGAACGAUCUGAAGAAGACAGUGGAUGAGAGCGCUAGGAUCCGCCGGGCGUACAGCCACUACUUUGACCUGACCAUCGUCAACGACCAUCUGGACAAGGCCUUCGACCAGCUGCAGGAGGAGGUGGAGCACUUGUGUCUCCAGCCCCAGUGGGUCCCGGUCUCCUGGGUCUUCUGAGGACCGCCCUUUUUUGGACUGGCACCACUGCCUCUGCUGCUAGGCUCUCGGAGAAGGAGAGGUCACCAUAGGAGAUGGGACACCUGCCACACACACACACACACACACACACACACACACACACACACACACACACACACACACACACACACACACACACACACACACACACACACACACACACACACACACACACACACACACACAAACAGUGUGGUGGCUCCGUCUAAAUGUGGGUGUCUGUUUCAUUGUGCGCAGAACUAUGCAACCCUUCUAACAACUAAUAGCAAGUGUACUUAUUUUUUUAUUGUGUUGUACCUUCCUGCCAUUGAUGGUAGUACUUCCUGUAAGACCAGGCCAGUAUAUAGGAGGUGUAUGUGUGUAUUUAUUGAAAAGGUUACCUCAGCGUUAAUGUUUACGGUGAUACAUGUAGUACAGUGGCCUCUUAGGUCAAGAGAGACAUGGUCCUACCCUUCUAGCAGAAUGCCAGACGUUUUCUGCUUUGUUUUUACCUCAAAGUGGGUCAAAGCUGUAAGUCACACGGUAGGCUACAGUAAUAACAAGUUACCUCUGUGAGCUUGUUGCCAGUCUUUUUCAUUUAAAUGUGGAUUAAAAAAUGGCUUAUUGCGUUUGAAGGUGACCUUAUUACGCUGGUUUCCGUUGUAAGGUACAUUUUCGAGGACUAUUGGUCUAUUCUGGUGCUGCUCUGGUAAAUUGACCUUUAAUAGGGCUCCUAGAAACAGGGUACUAGAUGAACACUUUCAAUAGGGCCCCUAGAAACAGAGUCAUGGACACCUUCAAUAGGGCCCCUAGAAACAAGGUCCCCUAGAAACAAGGUCAUGAACUCCUUCAAUAGGGCCCCUAGAAACAGGGUAAUGAUAACUUUCAAUAGGGCCCCUGGAAAUAGGGUAAUGAACACCUACAAUAGGGCCCCUAGAAACAGGUUAAUGAGCACCUACAAUAGGGCCCCUAGAAACAGGGUAUUGCGACUCAGCGGAUUUAUGUGAGAUUUACAAUACUGAAAUUUUAACAAUUUUUUAAAAUAAAGGCCAUAUUUACUUACUAUUUUACAAUAAUUCAGGAAGAUGCAUUUUCAGAUGUUUAAAUACGUGUUUUCUAAAGGAUCUAUUGUGUUUUUUUUUUAAGGUAAAUUUACCUUCUACAUGACUUUCAUACUUGUUUUAUAUGUAUACAAUUUAAAGCAUUAAACAAGCUAGUGGUUGCAAUGUUGAGGUUGUUCAAUGAUUUAAAGGGGAAUUAUGCAACUUUUUUGGCUUAAUUUACCUUAAUAUAACAGGUUAAGAGUCAUUGUGAUGGUUCUAGAACACUUUGAGUCGAUUGGUCCCUGUUUCGACUCCCCCUUGGGCUUCUUGGUGGAAAAAGGGAAUAUUGUAGUGCCGGGAGUCGGAGUAUC